AUGAGCAUCGGCCCGUCCUUCCUCCCGUCGAAUCUCGAAUCCAAAAACUUCCCGAUACCGAGCGACGUCGACGCCAUUGAACUCCAUCCGCCAACCACCCCCACGUCCAACAAGACCAGCAAGAUGGCGAAGAAGACCAAGGCCCGAGUCAUCACCGUCCGCCUCCUGUCCAUGGCCAUGACGGGCUUCUUCUACACAUUCAACCGCGCCCGCACCGCCUCACCGAUGAGCAUGCUCAAAUACGAUCCCAUCAUCAGGAGGAAAGUUCUCUUCCUCGAGCAGAAGCGAAAAGGCAGGUAG